AUGGCCAACUCGAGAUUUGAAUAUGUCAAGCUCUUUGAGCGCGAGAACUUUCUUCUUCCCGAAACACACAUCGUCAUACGUGUGGAUGGCCGAGGGUUCCACAAAUUGAGUGCGAAAUACUCGUUUGCCAAACCUAACGAUCUCGGGGCCCUGGAGCUGAUGAAUCGCACAGCUCAAAAACUUAUGGACCAGAUGCCUGAUAUUUCUUUGGCGUAUGGGGAUAGCGAUGAGUAUUCGUUCCUACUGCGAAAAGGAUGUGGACUGUUUGAACGUCGUGAAGCGAAACUCAUCACAACGUUCGCUUCCACCUUUACUGCUUACUACCAGUUCUACUGGCCUCAGUAUAUGAAGCAGCCGUUGGAAGAGGACCGAUUGCCAACGUUUGAUGCUCGAGCUGUGGUGUAUCCUUCAGAGCCAACUGUUCGUGAUUACUUUGCAUGGAGACAAGUGGAUUGUCACAUCAACAACCUCUACAACACCACAUUCUGGAGUCUUGUGGAAGGUGGUAUGACGCCGAAGGAGGCUGAAAACGAGCUCAUAGGAACACUUGCAGCUGACAAGAACGAGAUCUUAUUUCAACGGUUCGGGAUCAACUACAACAACGAGCCUGCGCUUUACAAGAAGGGCACGGUACUGAUUCGCGGACCGAUCUUCGAGGAUGCCGAUGGUCAGAGGGACAAGUCAAAGAGGCAACAGGAAAGGCAAGAAAAGAAGAUGAAGAAGAGGCCCAUUGUUGAACGGCACAUUGAUAUCAUUGGUGCUAGCUUUUGGGAUGGCGAGAAAGAGGAGAAAAAGCAAGAGAGUAAAGAAGAGGUGGCUGGGGAGAAAUUGUGA